GUUCAGCUGUAACUCUUCCGUUAUCUUACUCUCUUAAAACUACAUCUCCCAGCAUGCUCUGAAGCUAAUCUGACCUCAUUUCAAAUGGCCCCGUAGGGCAACAAGGCUGGUUAGUUUUGACCCUGCUGCUUGUGCCUUGAAAAAAAAUCGAUGCCAAUUGGCAGCCAUUUGGGCUUUUAUAUCUGUUAAGCUCUUUUUUUGAACUGUAGUCAUUAAAUGAAGGGAUUUGGUAUGGGAGGGCCCAUUCAUUCCCUCAGCUGGGCGAGGGACCAGGCAAACUGUCUCCGGCAAUCUAAAUAAGAGGGAAUGUUGAACAGGGAACACCGCUGGGGCCGAACAGAGGCGCAGGAACCGGAGCCCAGGCUGUGUCCGCAAACUGUCGGGUCCGGACUUUGGCUCAGGGACGGUCGGAAGUGGGAGAUGGAGAUGCCAGAGGAACCGGCCGAUAGUGGGCAUUCGCUGCCCCCGGUUUAUAUUUAUAGUCCCGAGUAUGUCAGCAUUUGCGACUCUCUCGUCAAGAUCCCCAAACGGGCCAGUAUGGUCCACUCUCUGAUCGAAGCAUAUGCCCUGCACAAACAAAUAAGGAUAGUGAAGCCCAAAGUGGCCUCCAUGGAGGAUAUGGCCACCUUCCACACUGAUGCCUAUCUGCAACAUCUCCAAAAGGUCAGCCAAGAAGGUGAUGAGGACCAUCCGGACUCUAUAGAAUACGGACUAGGUUAUGACUGCCCAGCCACAGAAGGAAUAUUUGACUAUGCGGCUGCUGUGGGAGGAGCUACAAUCACUGCUGCCCAGUGCCUGAUUGACGGGAAGUGUAAAAUAGCGAUUAACUGGUCUGGAGGGUGGCAUCACGCAAAGAAUAGCUUGGACUGUUAAGUCUCCUGCCAGAGCCAGAACUUCUGGUUUCUUAUCUCCACCAGAUAUCCCAACAGUCUCUGCUCUGAAGAUGAAACCCUGACGUCAUUUAGGAGAUAGGCUGAAAUUAAGGACUGGGUAGAUCCAAUAUUUCCAUCCUGAAAAUCCAGAGCUCCAGUUCCAGAGCUGUCUGCCAGAAGCCCUUUAGAGUUGCGGAGUUCUGCUCACACCCACAGGGAAGCAAGGACACUCACUAAGAGGAGAUAAGAAAGCAGAGCUCCCUGCCAGCAUCUGGGCAUUCCUGGAACUGCUGCUCGAGGGUCCCUGCCCUAAGCUGCCCGUCAGGUUUCCACGUGCUCUUCUCUCCAUUGCAGUCACAUUGUUUAAACGUCCCAGGUACACGCAGCACAGAUUCCUAGAUCCCAUUCCUUAAACCAGCAUUGACUAAACUGUAUGUGGCAAGCACAUGGUUUUUCUCUUUAGUAAUGGGAGGUAGGGAAAUUGAAGCAAAGUCUACGCCCCCCCCCCCCCCCCGCACCCAACUGAAAAAACAAUCUUUGAUUUGAAACUGUUCAGGUGCUGACAGGGUUCUUUUGUAACUGGCUUCGUGAAAACUUUACUAGUGUUGAGAGUGGGAAAUAUGUUCAUACAAAAUUCUUAGAAGUCUAUUCUAAGGAAAUAACCCAAUCCUGCCAUCAAAAAAUUGAUAUCUUGGGGAUGAUAUAAGAAAUCACUGCAUUUGAAAUUUAUAUAAGGGUUCUUUUAGAAAAUCCUGCAAAAAGACUAGUGCUACCGAAUAUUCAGUGUACAAAGCCAGAAUAAUGGAAACACUGGCAUAAGAUAGUGUGCUCCUCGGAGAGACCAAGUCUGACUAAGUUUAAUGGGUCGUAAGAGAUGCCUUGGGAAAGUCCAGGUUAGCUGCCUGGUUAGGCUGAGCUGCUGCUAAACUCCUCUUUCCUGUUUCUCAUUUUCUCUCAUUGUCGACCUAGGGCAGCUGACCAAGUCCAGUGAGUCAGUUGGUACACAAAUCCAGGCCCUUCGGCCACAGGGUAGAGCACACAGCAACAGUAUCUAGGAGGAAGAGAGGGGUUCGAGGCAUUUUCGCUAUUUGCCAUGUGUUUUCUCCCCUCAGUCCCCGUCACAUGUCUCCGCCAUUUCCCCAGAAACUCCUUAUUCAGUAGCUCUGGAUGCUAUGUCAUCGUCCGUCAUCUGGGCUUCUCAGUCUCGUUAAUAAUAAGGCUCCAAUGUAUAUAUGAAAAUGAAUAAAAUGAUUUUUCUCUGGUUAAUUAAUUAUUAUGCUAACUCGUAGCCCGACCACAACACUAGAAGGGAUGGGAGAAGGGGCCUUAUUCCUUGCCCAACACAGACAGCUGAACAGACUGUCGCUGUUACAGACUACUGCCCUCUUCCUUAAAUAUCUGCAGUCCCAGCUUUCUGUGUGAAAGACUCAUCUACCGACGGUGUCCUGGGAACUUGGUAGCAUUCUUUGAUUUCAGAAUUUGUUUUUCCUCCAUACUUUGCUGUGGGUCAAGUGCCACCUGCUGGCAGUCAACUGUUAUG